AACUUCCGCUCAUAACCCUAUUUAAUUGUCUACACUUGUCAUCGAGAACAAAACGGGGAACAUUUUAUCCAUUUAUUUCUCGUUUGCUGCUUGUAGAAGUUGCAAAUUUCACUAAUUAAUGCCCCACUAAGGGCCAGUGCACUGUUCUGUAGUAUUAUCCAUAAAAAUUAUGGCAACCUCACUGUGCAAGACGUCGGUGUUGAGGAUCUAUCAGGACAUUAUGGAAGAUGUGCUGUCCGGGGUGAGGGAUUCUUUUGCUGAGGACGGGGUGGACGAGCAAGUCUUGGUCGAACUGAAACAAACGUGGGAAGCCAAACUGAUGGCCAGUAAAGCGGUCCAGAAUGAUGUGGAUGAGAAGCUCAAGAAGCAAGAGAUUUCCAAUGGCUUUUCCAAGCCAGUCAUACCUCCAGCGCUGCAAGCUCAGCAGUCCCAGCCUCGACCUACUGCACCUAUUCAAUCUAUUAUCGAGACUAAGAUGGUUCCCAUUCAGAUCACUUUGCCGCAUCAACCAGGAACUGAAGGCCAGAGAGUGCUGACAAUACAGGUUCCAGCGACCGCUUUGCAAGGAAACCAGCUACAGAAAGUCCUCACAGGUCCAGUUAUAACCGCAACUAUGGGCCUUCCGCCGGCCAUCGCUUCCUCGCUGUUACAGCAACACGUAAAUGCCGCCUUUAGCAGCCAACAACAGUCCGUGAAUGUUAUAAAUAAGAACGUUGUGCAGACUGACGGGGCGGCGAGUGAUUCAGACGAUCAAUUUGAAAUUGAGAUCUGCAUGUCCAGGUCUGGAAAAUCUGCGAAAAAAGGCAAAUCAAAGAAAAAGAAGAAGGCAAAGCCGGUAAUAACACAAGUGGAUGGUUCUAUGGAUACCUCAGAUGAGGCUUCGGAUGGCUCGGAUGAUGAUAACGAUGAAGACGAUUUGGACGACGACAAGGAUGAAGAAGAUCAGGAAAUUGAAGAUGAAGCCGAUGAGGAAGAGCCGCUCAAUUCGGAGGAUGAUGUGUCUGAUGAUGACCCCACAGAUCUCUUCGAUACGGACAACAUUGUGGUUUGUCAAUAUGACAAAAUAAUUCGUAAUCGAAACAAAUGGAAGUUUUACUUGAAAGACGGCAUUAUGAAUCUGAGCGGAAUAGACUUUGUCUUCCAAAAGGCCAAUGGCGAAGCCGAGUGGUAAAAAGUGAAGUUUCAGCUACUGAAUAGCAAGUGCUUGGUGCAAGUGAUGUGAUGUGGAAGACUGAUAUAACACUGGCUUUGUAGGUGGGCCUAAAUGGGUCGCCGUAUACUCUACUUCCUUCUUACCAAGUAUUUGUCGUUUAGUCUGAUUGUUCCCAGUAGUUUUGAUACGUUAACAUUGUUUAUUAUUGCCUAUGGAGAGUCUUGCGGUGGUGAUCUUCUGUAUACCAUCAGGAACUUAGAAAGCGUCUUUUUUACUUUAGUUAGUUAUUAAUAUUCUUACCAAAUAUUUCAGCAUCCUGGGCAAAGCCACAUCUAUAUUAAGUUUUUAAUUGUUCUGCUGCUCGAUAAUUAUGACCGGCCGGAAAAAGCUGUUACACACGGGGACGGCUUUUUAUUGUAUAUACAUAAAUAUUAAUUUUUGUUGUAAUUCUCUGUCAACACGCAGAUAAUUUGUAUAGAAUCGUAAUCUAAUCGUAUUCCUAAACUAUACAGAGUAUCGAGAUUUAUGUCAGCUGAUACUGUGUUUAACAUGUACAUCUGAAUUAAUAUUUUUGUCUGCACAAGGCGCUGCUCUGGUUCUGUUCAUUUAUCCAAACUAAACUGUUUCAUUUUUGUAUUUUAAUGGAAUUUAUUAACUGUGUACGUUUAUAGUGAUUUGUCUAUAGCGUGACUGAACGAUUCAGUAGUGUUAUAAGGUAAUAAAUAUUUAUUUGUAUUGUGA